CUGAACGGAUCUCGAUGAAAUUUGACAUAGACGUAGAGAAUUGAAAGAACACAUAGUCACUUACUUAUGUUUUACUCCACACGCACGGAGUCGCGGGCGAUAGCUAGUAAAUAAUAAAACUAUAAUAAUGAUCUAUCUAACCUUUCUACAAUAAAUAAACAGUUAUAAUAACCUUAAGAUAACAAACCAAAUAACAGUCGUUAUAUAAACGCGGAAAAUGUAAGUCGUAACAAACAUGAGAAAUAUAAUAAUAAUUCAAUUAUUAAUAGUGUUAAUAAAGGCAAAAUCAGUGGUAAUUUUAACAGACGGACCAAUAGAAUGGAUCGGACCAAGGUUGUACAAGAAAGAAUUACUAACAAACAUAUACAAAGAUCCGAUUGAGUUGGCGUACGAUUCCGCGACGAGAAAUCUUUUCUUCAUGCACAUGGAUCCUGUUUUAUUGAAUUCUGGAAGAGCUUACAUUAAUAUUAUAACAAAGGAAUCAAAGAAAAUAGAAGGAAUAACAAGGAAUAAAGCGACAGCAGUCGAUGCGGACACAGGCGAAGUUUACUUCGGUUCUAACGAUGGCUUGUAUAUCUACGAUCCGCUGACAAAUUCCGCUAGAAAUAUCGGUUUAUACAAUGUUAAUGUAUUAAAAAUUGUUAUUAGAGAUAAUAAUAUGUAUAUAAUAGAUGCAAAUAAUCAUAUGUUGUAUAAAGUAAACGGUAAGGAAGUAAGAAAAUUGGGUAACGCAAAAACUGUGAUCAACUUUGACAUCGAUGGUAAUAAAAAUGUGCAUUUUUUGACUAUCUGUGGUGUUUUUUGUGCAGUAAAAGGUGAUGAGAUUGUUAAAAAUAAAGAUAUUAAUGUUGCAUAUAAUUUUAUAGUAGAUUUAAAUAAAACUUAUGCAAUAACAGAUGAUGGGGUACAAGAGAUUGAUUGCGCUAAUGGUACUGCGCAUAAAGUUGCCGAUUUAAGUUUCCGUCCUCGCAGUAUAAUAUUCGGAGAUUAUGGUGACAUUUUUUAUUCGUCGGAUGAUAGCAUUUAUAGGUUAAAACCGAUAACUUCUUAUGUUUUGUAUAACAUUUCAAGGAAACGAGGUACUUAAUCAUGUAAUUGUUUUAUUUAAAUUAUGAUAAAAAUGUUUGA